GCUUUAGGCUCCUCCUUCAGUCAGCGGUCCACGCGCUGUUGUUGUCUGACAGCCAGUAGGGAGUCAUGAUGAAGUUUCGUUUUCGCCGUCAGAAAUGUGUAAUAACACCUUUUAAGUAACAAACCAUGUCGGAAAUACUGUUGAAUAAAGCUGACAGCUUUAAAACCAGUCCAAUGAAGGCCGAGGAGUGUCCAGACGGUGUCCGGAGCUUCCUGCUAGUGGAUGAACAAGAAAACCUGCAGGUAAAGUUAGCUAGCAUGCUAACAUGUAGCUGCUAAGCUAGGCUAGGAGAAGUGUAAAAACACACACUUUUGUAUAUAGAGGCCUUUAUGAUGGAGUAAGAAAACAAUCUGUGGUCAAUGUAGGACUUGAACAGGCUGGUGUCAGUGAUUUAGACGGUCAGGGUAACCUGGCCAAACAUCGAGUCAGUGUCAGGUUAUUCUUCAUCAUUACAGUGAGGUAGACUUCUUGUAAUGGUUUUAUGGGAUCAAGAUAAAAAUAGCUUCUACCCUCCACGUCCAUCAUGUUCAUAAAGGUUUACUGGUUACAACAGUUCUCUUCUGACAGGCUCUAGUUUGAUCUAGAAAGGGGGUAUUAGAACUGGUUUGUUGGUGGGAAAGUCCCCGAUGAGUCACACAGUCAGCUGAUCCACACCUUCACUGUUAUUGUUGAUUCUGCAGGGCAAAGUGUCAAUCGUUUUCAGACAUAUACUGUAAAAUAUAAAGUAAUGCGGGGUUCUGCCGUCGUUAGAAAUCUCAGUAAUUGUCAUCAGCCACAUUAUUUUCAUUGUGGAAAGUCAACAAUUCUAACUGCAAUCACAUUUCCCUUGAGUGGCAGGUGUAAUCUACAGAGUAUUUCAGGCUGAAUAAAUCUAAUCUGACAGAUAAUACAACACAUAUGACCUCGUUUUGUCUUUUAAUGUGAGUUCAGGCUUAUCGUCGUCCAUCAAGAAUCAUGGAUAUCAUUAUUAUCCCAAAGGAGCAGUUUGUUUUCAGCCAUUACUGUCAGUAAAGAAUAAGUGAGACGUGAGAAAACACUACGUUGACUAUUGAGUUGAUGGUUAGGUAUUAGAUGAAUAAGAUAAGAAGAACUUUAUUAAUCCCUGAAGGGAAAUUUAAUUGUCUGUCGUCUCAUUUGUCAUGUCUCUAAAAGUCAUCUACAGCAGAGUUGUACAGUCUGAUGGCUGUGGGUACAUGAUAUCAUCUUUAAAAUAUGACUGUAAUACAACUCUCUAAAUCUCUUUUUGUUAUUCUCCCACCAGGUCCGUGAUGAGUCUGAGUUUUUGGAUAAACUCGGAUGUGGGGAUGUGGCAGGAGUAAAGGUCCUCUCCAUCUUUGGCAACACCGGUGAUGGCAAGUCUCACACCCUCAACCACAUCUUGUUUGGAGGUGAGAGUGUGUUUUACACCUCCAAGUCCCCCAGCUCCUGCACGGUGGGAGUGUGGGCUGCAUAUGACCCCACCCUCAGCCUGGUUACCCUGGAUACAGAGGGCUUGUUGGGAGCUGCAGCCAAUCAGAACCAGAGAAUGAGGCUGCUGCUGAAGGUAACUUGAGUGGCAGGUUGGAUUUGUUAAGCUUGACUGACAGUUGAAUGUGUGCUAUCCUGUUUUUAUACAGCUUAUGAAUUUGUUGUGAGCAGGUUUAAUCGAAAGAGUUAGAGAAAUUGUCUGGUGGCAAGGGAUCUUGCAAUCAAAUUGUUACUAUUGUCAUGUAGUUCAUCGACUCUUUCCUGCCUUUUCACUUCAGUGUUUAUUUUUCUUCCAGGUGUUGGCAGUAUCCGAUAUAGUGGUGUAUCGCACACGAGCAGAGCGCCUCCACAAUGACAUGUUUCUGUUCCUGAGCAGUGCUUCCGGGGCCUACCUGAAGCACUUUACCCCAGAGCUCAAGGCCCUCUCCAGCCGCUGUGGUCUGGAUGUGCCCCUGUCCUCUCUUGGACCUGCAGUUAUCAUCUUCCAGGAGACGACGCACACGCAGUUGCUCGGUCAUGGUAGGGGGUAGAAUCUGUUCUUUGGGAUGUGUUGAUAUUGAAAGAAUUUUUUCUUACUCAUUUUUGAGAUGUUUUGUUUUGUCUUGUCUGUCCUGUAAAGAUUCUUUUGCAUUUCUUUCUCCACAGACUCAAAUGUGUCCGGCCACGCUGACACGCUGCUGCAGAAGCGUUUUCAUGACCUGGGCUUGGGGACAGAGGCCUUCAGCUCUGUGCAGUAUGUAGGCACCCAGACCAUCACACCUCCCACUGAUUACAGCAGGCUGCUGGAGGCCGUCAAACAGCAAGUGAAGAACACACACACACGUUCCCCUCGUCAGCCUGGGAUAGUGUUUCACGCUCUGGAAGUAAGAUGUGAACCGACUCUGUCUGUGUUUAGCCAACUUUAAACUUUAUAUCUGUCUUAAAGAGCCUCGUGUUUUGUUUAUAUGAUGGUCUCAGCUGUUUCUCUUUGUUAGGAUCUUUAUCUGUGUUUUGUUUUUCAGGCCCUGAGUGAUCGUUUCUGUGGAGAACUGUCCGAUGACAAGAUGACCCUGUACUCCUUCUUCCCUGAUGAAUACUUCACCUGCUCAGCUGUCUGCCUCUGCUGCAAGUAAGUCCAGACUAACUGGACUGAAGUUUUUUCUUCUCCUUUAUGUUUGAUCAGUCUGGAGAUUUUUAGCUAUAUCCGGUAACAUUUCACUUCCCAGACUCCAGAAACUGGUCUCCUGGGUUCACUAAAAUUGACAGAGUCCUGCUAAAAAGAAGAGCUGAGGACACACUAGGGUUAACAUAACCUUAUUACUGUCUCUGUUAUCUGUUGUGUAUUUAAAGAUUUGUUUUCUCUCCAGGAUUCGCUGUAAAAAUGGGAUGAACCACUUGAGAGACAAAGUCCCCCACAUGGCAGAUGGACUGUGCCAGUACUCACACCACUACAACAACAAAGUCCUCAUUUGCAAGGUAGGCCACUCCUAAAACCCGCUGUACAGUUUUUAGUUGAAGUAAACUUGAAGGUUAGGUUUGUGUUUGGUGUCAGCUCUUUGGUUUUUGAACUGGUGUUUUUGUUCUAAAGUCAUUUAGAUUUUAAUUAAGACCCUUUUGACCUCAGUAGGACACUGACUUUUGACCUGGAACUGAAUCUGCAGGUUCUUGUGGCCUGGUUUGGCUUGUAGUUACAUAUUUAUGAUAUAGAAUGAAUACUUAAGGUAUUUUGACCUUAAAUUAUGCUGCGCACCUCCAGGUGUGCUAUCUAAUUCCUUUCUGACUCUUUCAUAAGCAGACCAUUAGAAAAAGAAAGCUUUUUUUUUUUUUUACAUGAACUGCUUUUCAUAGCGAUAAAGCUCAGAAUGGAUCAACAGACCAAACACAAUUUCUCCAGGGUCCUUUCGCCUGAUGAUUUGCACUGUUGACUCUACAGAGGCACCCUGAUGUUUUGACUUACUUUAAAAUCAUGUGCUUGCUGUGUUUUACGUCUGUAGAGGUGCUAUGAAGGCGGCAGAGAGACGAUUGUUGUUCCCAAAACAUCAGCUUCCUCUGACAGCUCCUGGUUUGGACUGGCCAAGUACGCCUGGUCAGGGUAUGUGAGUUUAAAUACACAUGUUUAGUACAUACUUGCAUUUUAUCACAGGCUGCAGGUCUAACAAAUCAUUCAGUCUUUUUACGCUUUUAUAUUACAUGCUCGGAAACAUCAAGUCUUGUAUUUUAUCAGUCUUGUUAGCCCUCAUCAGCUCUUCUGCUUCUCUCUCAUCGUGCUUAUGCUGUCACUUUCGGAUACACAUACCUGCCUCCUGCUGCUCCUCUCCCUGCUCUCCUCUCUCCUCCUGUAGCUGCCCGAUAGUUUGUACCGCUGUUGCACAACAUUGAAGAUACAGCGGUCCAUCAUUAAUCUUGGUGAAUGCUAUAACUUCUUGUGCUCCCCAACUUUGUCUCACUUUGAUCCGUAAAUGUUUGAGGGGAGGAGCCACAGUGUGCUUUAUUCAACAUAUAGGAUUGGAGCAACACAGCAGGCGGCACAGUGAUGGUUCAGUCUUGAUGAUCAUAUUUUGAUGAUGGUGGGGUCCAAAAUUGUAAUUCGAAUAGCCCAUUAUUUUCACUUAUUGAUAUUUUAUCUCACACAUGUUAGGGUGAUGCUGUGCUGCUGAAUUGAUAUGUUUUUCUACCCCCCUUAGAUGCACACAGUCACAUACAUCUUCGUUGAUUUUUUAUACCACCAUCUCAUGUCCUGUCUCUCUGCCCAUCUCUCAGCUAUGUGUUGGAGUGCGCUAGCUGUGGAGUAAUCUACCGCAGCAGGCAGUACUGGGUGGGAAACCAGGACCCUGAAAGUGGUGUGGUGCGGUCUGAGGUGAAGCACGUGUGGAUGGGGGUUAGUAUCCCACCUUUCUCCUCUUCCUUUAGGUGUCAAGAAAGGUCAGAGAUGAUUGUUUAAGCACUGCCUUUUAUCAGAAGUUUACUCUUAAUCUACAGAUUAAAUUAGGUCAUGUAAAAUGCUUUAUAAUGGUGUUUAAGGAAAUUCAGAGCUCUUAAUCUGAUGAAAUUCAACAUGCUAUUAGAUCAACAAAAGAAUAUCCACGACUCAAGGGAGCGUCAAACUAAGGCACCAACUUCUUCACACGCUGAUCACUGCCUCUGCAAGGAUAAUCUGAUCGACACCAUCGCUAUAAACCUUACUGCCCUAAUCUGUACUAAUCCCUAAGUCUGUCUAUCAUGUUUUGGUCAGAUAAGAACCAGGAAAGCAGACCUCGCUGUUCAAUUUUCCCCUUCUGUCUUCUCUCAGUCUGGCAUGUAUCUGACCAACCAUCAGAACGCGGCUCAGCGGGUCCUGGAUGGGAUGAACUACGUAAUCCAGUCAGUGUCAGAGUACAGUACCGGCCCCACCAAAGCUGUCGCUGCCUGGCUCACGGACCAGGUGGCUCCACCGUACUGGAGACCCAAUACAGAUAUCACCGUAAGUCUCAGAUGCUGCAGAUAAUGAGGAUUAAAGUUUAACUGCAUGAUGUCUUUGAAGGAUUUCAACAGAAAUACAGUGGAUAUAAAAAGUCUACACACCCCUGUUCAACUGCCAGGUUUUUGUCAUGUAAAAAAAUUAAAUCAAGAUAAAUAAUUUCACAACUUCUUCCACCUUUAAUGUGCCCUAUAACCUGUACAACACAAUUGAAAAACAAACAGAAAUCUUUCAGGGAGGAGAAGUAAAAAUAAACAACUGAAAUCAUGUGGUUGCAUAAGUGUGCACACCCUUUAAUAACUGGGGACGUGGCUGUGUUCAGAUUUAACCAAUAACACUUAAACUCAGGUUAAAUUGGACUCAGCACACACCUGUUACCAAUUAAAGUGCCUCUGAUCAACUCCAAAUAAAGUUCAGCUGUUCUAGUAGCUUUUCCUGACAUUUUUGUAGCCACAUCUUCCAGCACAAGCCAUGGUCUGCAGAGAGCUUCCAAAGCAUCAGAGGGAUCUCAUUAUUCAAAGAUAUCAGUCAGGUGAGGUGAUUUCCAAGGAAUUAAAUAUAUCAUGGAACACAGUAAAGACCGUCGUCAUCAAGUGGAGAAAAUAUGGCACAACGGUGACAUUACUAAGAACAGGACGUCUGUCCAAAAUUGAUGACAAGACGAGAAGAAAACUGGUCAGGGAGGCUGCCAAGAGGCCGACAGCAACACUGAGGGAGCUGCAGGAAUUUCUGUGUAGUACAUCAGACAACAAUCUCCUGUCAUCUUCAUAUGUCUGGGCUAUGGGGUAGGGUGGCAAGACGGAAACCUUAUCUUACAAAGAAAAACAUCAAAGCCCGGCUUAAUUUUGGAAAAAGACAUCUGAAAUCUCCCAAACACAUGUGGGAAAAUGUGUUAUGGUCUGAUGAAACCAUACCUACAGUGAAGCAUGGUGGUGGCAGCAUCAUGCUUUGGGGCUGUUUUUCUUUAGCUGAAGCUGGUGCCUUAUGAACAGUUCCAAAUACCAGUCAGUGUUGGCCCAAAACCUUCGGCCCUCUGCUAGAAAGCUGAAGAUGAAGAGGAACUUCAUCUCUCAGCACGACAAUGACCCACACAUCUAAAUCAACAAAAGAAUGGCUUCACCGGAAUAAGAUUGAGACUUUGGAAUGGCCCAGCCAGAGCACAGACCUGAAUCCCAUCAAACAUUUGUGGGGUGAUCUGAAGAGGGCUGUGCACAGGAGAUGCCCUCACAAUCUGUCAGAUUUGGAGAGGUUUUGCAAAGAAGAGUGGGCAAAUAUUGCCACAUCAAGCUGUGCCACGCUGAUAGACUCCUACCCAAAAAGAAUGAGUGAUGUAAUAAAAGCCAAAGGUGCUGCAAUAAAGUAUUAAUUUAAGGGUGUGCAUAUUUAUGCAACCAGGUUAUUUCAACUUUUCUAUUUUAUAUUUUUCCCAUUAAAAGUUUCAGUUUGUUUUUCAAUUGCAUUGUACAGGUUAUAGGUCACAUUAAAUGUGGAAAACGUUGUGAAAAUAUUUAUUUUGCUGUCAUUUUCUUACAUCAUGAAAACCUGGCAGUUGAAAAGGGGUGUGUAGACUUUUUUAUAUCCCCUGUACAUAAAAGUUAUUAAAUAUGUCUGCCCCCUUACUCUCCUCAGGCCUGUCACGGCUGCCAGAAGGUGUUCGUGGAGGCAGAGAGGAAGCACCACUGCCGAUCAUGUGGUGAGGGAUUCUGCCAUCCCUGCUCCAGUCACAGGAUGCCGGUGCCCGAGAGAGGCUGGGGCAGCGGCCCAGUCAGGGUGUGUAAGGCCUGCUACCGACAAGGAGGACCAGCUGAUACCAACAGCCAGGGUAUGAAAUAAUGAGUGAAAAAACAAUCUGUGUUUUAGCAGGGAUAGUUUUAUAAAGCGUGAAGCCCAGACGGAUCAUUGCAAAGGAUUUGGAUCGCUGUGGAGCUGGAUCAAUAAAUCAAACAGGUUUUCUAUUCUGAAUAACUCCAGGUGAUAAGUAAGAAGUGCUGCGAGCAUCGUUUAGUGAUCCUGCUGUCUGACACAUUAACCUUUUGUGCCAUGAAACUGUUUUCAUUAAUCCUUUCUUUAGACGAGGAGACCACAGCUAACAUGAGAGUGGAGGGCGAGAGGGACUCACAAAUGCCAGUUAUCACAGAAACACUGUCUUUAUUUUUUCAGUGCAUGCAUCAGCAUCUGUCCGCCAUAUGGUCACUUUUUUAAUCAGCAUCUUGUUUCUAUUAUUUCUUUUAGUUCAGCUUGAAAUCUUGGAAUUAAAAUGCAGAAAUCUCUGUUUCAUACCCAAAUAAGCCGUUCUAGUUCCAGACUGUGUACUCAGCCAGGGGAGGAAGAAUGUAAUACUUACUAAUGACUAUAUCCAAUGUUAGUCAUGAAAAACUGAUGGUAUCCCAAAAUCUCAUACAUGUUUUCUGUUUGAAAGAAGGAGAAUAGGUUUAUAGUGAAUUUACAAAUCUUUAACUUCAGUGUAAACUUCUUAACUCUGACUCUGUGUGCUCAGAUUUGACAACUUUAGCAUAACUUCUUAGGAGGAGAGGGAGGAUCAGUCUAAUGUAAAUAUGCACUGAUAGAUCGCUGAUUUCCUUAAUUUUGGGGGAUCGGCGAUCGGCCUCUGAUCAUUCCAUAUCUCAUCCACUGAUCUUUUCUACCUUAACAAAAGUCUGAAAGCCAGUAUCAGCAGGUCAGGUUUUCAAAGAUCGGUGAUUGGCCAGAAAAUUGUGAUCUGUGCACCCCUAGUCUAAAGAGGCAAGACAUGGUUUUAAAAGCACUCCCUGAAAUCCAUAGAUGAAUCUUUACAGAGAGAUGGUGGGAAAAAAACAACGGAGACCUGCACCUUUGUGUUGAUACAGUGAUACAAAAGCCAUCAUUCCCUCCGACCUACUCAAAGUGACUUUUCACUGCUACACUCACAUUUGCUCAUCCUGACUUCCAAAUUUUACCAGAGGUCUUGUUAGAGCCCGUUGUGUCACAGUGACCUCAAAUGUUAUGAAAACCAGGUAGUAAAGCUCGAAAUGUAAUAAUUGGUCAAUCAUGUAACACGUCGCUACAUUUUGGGCAAAAAGUUAUGAGGCUUUGGGCUCAGCAUCUUGUUAAAGUAUUGACCAAUUAUUACAUUUCAGGGUUUAUUACAAUUUUACUUAACCUUUAGGGUCAUUGAUAAAUAUUGGGCUCUAACGGGGCUGUCAUUAAAAAUUUGAGGAAAGUCUGGGUGAAAGUUUUGCAUAUCAGCUUUCACACUUUUACCCCGACCUAAAAUGUUGUGAAGUUUCUUGGAUGUGUGAAUACAGUCAGUGUGCUUUCUGGUGGCCAACUUUGAACUUUUAAAACUGUAAUCAGUUUAACUUCUCUUUGAGCUUCCAUUGUAGUUCUUGGCCUCACCUAGAUGUCCAACUCUCUUCAGUUGUUUUCAUUGCAGUUUUGAAGGUGUGACAGAUUUAGAUGCAUGAUGCAGAAUCCAAACUGUGGGAAGAAAGACUAAGCGUCAUUAAAGCUCUUGUAAUCUGAAUUUUCUGUUUGUUUUUGAUGAUGCUUUUGUGUUUUGCUAAUCUGUGUCUCUCACACUCCUCUCCCCUGCAGUCUGUAAAGUGGAGCCUCGAGGUCUGAUCGCUCGCAGGGUGACAGAAGUGGCUCAAUCCACCCUGGACAUGGUCACCACAGCUGUGGACUACCCUCUCUGUGAGUACAGCUGCGUUUUACCUUCACUCAUUCUGACAGAGCCCAGCUGGCUGCACAUCACCCUGGGUUAAAUGGCUCUUUGAUGUCUGUCAAGCAUCAGUCAGAUUUUUUAAUUUUACAGUCUAAAAUGUGCCUCAGUCUCUGUGCUUCCAGUUAAAUAACACACAGAGCCUUGUCCUGUUUUAGACAAUAACAGCUCAGAUUUUUUAGUCUUCAAAAUUAAUUUCAAAGUGAAAUUUAAUUUGGUUCCAAAGGACCACACUCAUGACAACCCCCCAGAAAAAACCUAAUGAUGAAUCAGACAUAUAAAAUACUUGUAGCUGAAGGGGAGAGGAAAAUUCACAGCCCAAAGAAAUGAAAACUAGCAGUUAUGUCUGCUUUUUUUCCAUCUCUUCACCAGUCUUAUUUCCUUACUUGCAAAGGUUUUCCUUUUGCAUGUUCCACAUCCUCUCCCACCAUCAUUGGCUUUGACCAAUUGAGUGGUGUGUGCUACAGUGGCCCAAAAGGCCCACCUGUGCCGCAGAGGGCAGAGCUCACACCUCACACCUCCCAUGCAAUAGAUGAAAAUCCACCAUAAGAGCUGCAUACUGUUUUUAGUUCAUGCAUCAAAGUCUGGCUCAGCAGGGUGCCAGUUGAUUUGGGAUAAUUGAAGUAGGAGGGUGGGGUUGACCUGUUUUAUUUGCUUCAUCAUAAGCCCAUUUCUCCACAGUUCCUUGGCUUAUACAUCGACUUAUAUCCAGAUGUCCUUAACAUAAAAAUACUUCUCCCUCUUUCACUGAAACCUCCAAAAGAACUUCAAUGAAAUUUGUCAGUCUUUGUACCUGAUGCCAAUUCUUAUUAGUUGAUCUCCAACAAAACUUGUUUGGAACAAACAUAUAAUGUAGGAAUCAGUCGUUGAAAUCUUUGUAAUCAGGCCCAAAGUGGUUCUUCUGCAGGGAAGGUCAGCACAGCCAUCUCUGCAGAAAAUCUCCAGCAUUCAACGUCUGUUCUGUUCUCUUCAGGUUUUGUAAAAGAAGCAGCUCGGCCUGACUACUGGGUACCUGACCAGGACAUCACACAGUGCCACCAGUGCUCUAAAACCUUCACUCCAGCGAUGUCUAAACACCACUGCAGGGCCUGUGGACAGGGUGUGUGCGGCCCCUGCUCCACACACAUCAAGCCUGUUCCCUCCAGAGGCUGGGACCACCCGGUCAGAGUGUGUGAUGGUUGCCACGCCCGCACCGAUGAUCUGUGAGAAGUUUUAUCAGUGGAAAAGGUAAAAAACACUCAAAGUGCGCUCAAUUGUUCUCAGAUGAUCCAAAAAAACACUGUGAAUCCUGACCACACUGCAGCAAGAGAGCAGAGCUGGAGUCGGCCUCUGACAUUUAAAUGGACACCACCUCCCGGUCAUCUGCCAUCCCUGACCAGCUGAUCCAGCAGAUCAGCUUCAUUGCAGUCAACGGUGAAGCUGCUCUGGAACGAACUGGAAAAAUAAAGCUGGAUUUGAUUUUAACUAACUGGAACAAACUUUUUGAAAACUGACUCCUAUCAACUCUUCAGAGCUUUUCCUCUUAAUUGCACUUGAGUAAAGUCUUCCUUUUUCAUUUAGUCGUGUAGAUGGUUCCCAGUUUAAACUAAAGUAGAGGGAUGCACCAGGAGGGCAGGUUAAAUGUUUGAAGCACUCAUGCAUUGUGGUUAAUAAAAUCAAGAUAACAGUUUCUCUUCUCACAUCAAUUUCAAGAAAGACACUGAACACCUCUGGAGGGGAUCAUAAUCAUUAAAUCCUUCAUUAUAGCCCUGAAAUAAGUGACAUCUGACUCCUGCUAGUCUUUCCUGCUUCUGCUGCAGACGUGUGGAGCGAAACCUUCAGAUUCAACUCAUAAAUGUUUGACAAAGUGUUGAUUAAUGCUUAGGAAGAGUGAUUAACAGCAGAUGAUGAGGGUCUAACCUGGAACGGUGUAAAAUCCCACAGCUUGUGCUGUGUCUGCAGAAAAGUGGACAUUGUGUGAUGUUUGGAGUAAGAAAAUUAUUAUGCACAAAUCAGACAGAAAUCCACAUUACUGUUUGCUUGUAUUACUCUGUGCAAGUUGGACGAACGCGAGCUUCAGCGUGUGCCUUCAGGAGAACCUUCACUCCUUCUGCUGCAGCUGCUAAGACUUUUGCAGAUGAUCAUUUGUGCCUAUUUGCGGAGGAAGGUAAUUUAUCGCCUCUUGUGUAACCCCAACAGCUAUAUUUACAAUGUAAAGAAAUGAUAGUAGAAGAAAAUCUGUAGCACAACAGACUAUAAAUAAAGACAUUCCAAUGUAUGGACUGGACGUACAUGUAUACAAGAGAAACUUCUCUGUCUGAGGGUCUUUACUCUUGGGCUGUAGAUGCUUCAGUGAAUUCAUUUGCACCAAACUGGACUGUGGAGUUUGUGAUUGAAAGAUGCUGAAAUCAGAAAAAGUAUAAACUAUGUGGAUGUUAGUGGAAACGGUCUGCACCUUUUGGGUAUUGGAGUUUUUUUGUUUGUUUUUUUCUUGUAAAAUUUCACAAUUUGACAAUCUGUUGGCAUCUCCGACAUAAAAAAUAGGUGAAACAACAAACUCAUUACAAAUAAAAUGACAAAAGCUGCUGGUGAUGAGGUUGAAAUUAGAAGAUUAAGUAGAUGUCUGCUUAAAAUGACUACAGUUUUUAUAUUUGGUUUUGCCCUUGUGAGUCAAACUUUCCUGAUGUUAAGUUCAAUAAAAUAUCAUUGAGGGGGU